ACAAACCUCCACUAUAAACCUCCACUUCCCAUCUCCCUGACGCAACGUGCUUUUCCUUUUCCUCCUCCAUCUCAUGCAACCUUUUGCGACCACAAAGUGCUUCGGAUACAUGGAGAAUCUUGAUCACGGCUAAAGCACGUGUCCGUCCCGCACAGCUCUCAAGAAGCAAACAUAAUCCAAACACAUCGACCUAUAUCUACCUAGGUAGAGCUCUCCUGCUUCACGCGACUUUACUCGACACGCUACCUCUCUUCUCUUCUCUCUCUCUGUCUGCAUCGUUGGUUAUUGGGAAGGAUCAAUUCUUUUUCUUGCCAUUUGGCGCAGGAAAAAAAAUACAGCCACUCCAUUGAAAUCGUAGGCCAUUGUAGAGCUAUCAGAGGGCUAUCAGAGGGCUAUCAGAGAGCAUAAAAAUCGCUGCCGUCGAGUCGUAUUUGUCGUGUCACCGUUUAAACGUCACAAUGUCAGAACCAGAACCGCGCCGCUCCGUGCGAGCGACUAAGGGUCAGCACACGAAAGCAUUCGACGACCAACCGCUCGAACCGCCCAAGAAACGAGGCCGCAAGAAGAAGCAGCGCGAACAGGAGCCCGAGGAGGUCAUCCGCUGUGUCUGCGGCGCGACCGAACAGGACGGCGAGUCGGAGGAGCCGUGGAUCGCCUGCGACAAGUGCGGCGCCUGGCAGCACAACGUGUGCAUGGGCAUGAGCGUAUUUACCGAAGACCUUCCCAAGCACUACUACUGCGAAAAGUGCUCCCCGCAGGACCACAAGGAGCUCCUCGCCGCCAUCGCCAGGGGCGAACACCCCUGGGAAGAGCGCCGGAAGAAGUACGAGGAGUCACUGGCCGAGAAGAAGAAGAAGAGGAAGAAGCCGGGCCGGCCGGCCAAGGUGUCGCAUGAGACCAAGGACGACGCGUCGCAGAGUGGUAGUGUCAAGGGGGAUGAGUCGCCUGCUCCGGAAUCUAGCGGCAAGCAAAAGGAGAAACAGGUGAAGAAGGAGACGGGGAAGCCUGGCGCGACAGGAAAGCGCAAGUCACAGGAUGACGCGGAGAGAGAUGUCAAGGGUCCCGCGCAAAAGAUCCGAAAGAUAUCAGACGUCGAACCCAGACGAGUCGACUAUGCCCCUCCGUCCGAUCUGCCCGCAAAGAUUGCCGACAUUCCCAACUCUGCGACACAGACCACGGCCCACGCUAUCCAGAGAUCCAUCGCCGUAGGGUUCGCCGCUGCCAUCAAGAACAAGCUGGUGACCCUUCCGAAGGAUGUUUCGGCGGCAGAAAAGUCGGAGGAAUGGGCCAUACAGAUCGAGCGAGCCGUCCGGGACACGCACCCCGAUCCUAACCAGUACGCGGUGCGAUGCAGGGCAUUGGUGGCGAACCUCAAGACCAACGCCGAGCUCAGCGUCCGACUGUUCAAGUCGACACUCACGCCGCCUAUGCUGGCCGUCAUGACGACCGAUCAGCUGGCGACGAAGGAGCAACAACGGCUCAAUGCCGAGUUGCGAGCCAAGUCGGAGAAGCAGUCGAUUCUGGUUACGGAAGAGGGACCCCGCGUGCGAAGGACGCAUAAGGGCGAGGAACUCGUCGAGGACGAGGAUGAUAAUAAUCAGGUCGAGGAAUCGGAAUCGGGUCCGACAAUUAUCCGUCAGCCGAGUGGACGAGAUGACGAGACGGAUUCGGCCCGCUCGGCACAGCAGGGGCAGCAGCAGCAGCAGCAGCAGCAGCAGCAUCAAGGGCAGCAACGGCAGACUUCGGUAGAACAAAAUUCGCCCAGACAACACACCGACUUUGAUAUCAACAAAGUCUUCUCCAGCGUCAAGUCCCCAGCGGCAGGCGGUGAGCGGCGCGCUUCAGCGCAAGUCGGCCGCGGCCACUCCGACGCCCCUACGGUCGACGCCGACGUGGACCGGCUCCUGCAAGACGACACCGACUCGCCGCCCUACUCCCCCACGGAAGAGACAGACCCAGACGUGGUCUGGAGAGGCAGCAUGGCCAUGAACACAAUUGCCGAUUUCCAGGCGACGGCUCGAUGGGCGGCGGGCGCCAACCUCUCCAACACCAUCCACCUACCGUGGUACAAGCUGAUCCCGAAGCGCAUGACGGUCGCCGGACGGAUCGACGAGCAAAAAGCCAUCGAGUACCUCUGUGGCCUGCGCUACGCCGAUAACACCGACGUCGUCGUGGUCUCCCUGUCUCCCGCCUCCGAAGACGGGAGGCCCGACUUUCUCAGGCUCUUCGACUACUUCACCUCGAAGAAGCGGUACGCCGUGGUGGGGGACAAGGGCGUCGGCAACGUCAGGGACACGUACCUCGUGCCCGUGCCGGCGGGAGAGGGCGGGAUGCCCGAGUUCCUGCUCAACUUCGCCGACAACCUGGUGCCGCACAAGCGCACGGAACCCAUCCUGCUCGCCGUGUUCGUGUACCGCAACGCCACCCCGCUCGAAGCGCGACGGUCCGUCAGCACGCCGUCGUCGUCGGUGGCGAACACGCCGACCCCUACCAGCGCCGCCGCCGCCGCAGCAUCAGCAGCAGCACCAGCAGGGUACGCUUCGCGCCAUACGUCGGUGUCGGGCCCGGCUUUCUCGCCGACGGUGGCGCAGAGCCCGCAUCAGCAGCAGCAACAACAACAACAACAACAACAAUACUCGCCGGCCUCCUUUCCCCCGACACAGAACGGGCACCCGACACAAGGAGCCCAUCAGGUCGUCCCGCCGAACCAACCACCCCACGGGUAUGCGGCUAGGCCAACGGCAACACAGGACGAAGAUUUCCAGAGACGGCGGGACCUGGGCGAGAACAUCGCCCGCGAGGUCCUGGGCCCGUUCAUCAAUUGUCCGACGGUUCAGUUCCUGCUGCCGCAGGCGUACCAAAUGACGCGGAGGGAGUGGGAGGUGUGUCGCAGCAUCUACGAACGCGACCCGAGGGCGAGGGAUGACUUGAAGCAUCUCAGUAAUCUCCUGCAGAUGGAGGGGAAUAACGCGUCGGCGACUUCGAAUCCGCCGUCGGCAUCGCCGCAACAAGCAGCAGCGCCGUCGACGUGA